CGCCGGGAGUUGGUCGGUGUCCGCACACAUACUCUCCCCGCUAUCCAAAGGCCUAUUCAAGAGGGCUAUUAUGCAAAGCGGUGCCCAUCUGUUCAAUAAGGAUUGGGAUGUGUUUAACACAACCGAAGCCUUAUCUCUGGCAAAAUUUAUAGCCAAAGACCAGAAAUGCAAUGAAACCGAGGAUUGGAUACAAUGUCUGCAAAGAGUGGACGCAAAGAUAUUUUUAAAAUACGAAGUGUAUGGCUAUCAAGUUAAAUACGACACAUACCCGUUAUUAGGUACAGAAUUUCUACCUAUAUCUGCCCGACAGGCCUUUAAUGAAAAAAGGUUUAAUUCAGAUAUCGACUUAAUGGGUGGCAUUAACCACGACGAGGGGUCUAUGACUUUGGGCACUAUUGUCAAAGACCCGAAUCACGUGACACUCGCGGACUUUCAAAACGCGUUUAAAUCCAUGGAAUUAUUGGGCUUUUAUAACGUGAAUGUAUCGAAAGUGACGGAACAUUACCUGAAAGGUGUCAACACUAGUAGUCCAGCGGCACUGCGCACAGCAUUGACCGCACUAUUCAGUGAUAUAAACUUCAUAUGUCCGACAUAUCUGUUCGCCAAACGGUUCGCACAAACUGUCAAAGAGUCGCAAAGGGUUUACUUUUACGAGUUGUUGUACGCGAGUGAAUACUUUGCUAAUGAGACAUGGUGCGAUCUAACCACCAUGGGCAUUUGUCACAUGCAGGAUCACCCGUUUGUCUGGGGUUUACCACUCCGUUACCCAAACGACUACAGUUCCGACGAUAACUAUUUCAGUAAAUACGUGAUGAAAAUGUGGACCACAUUUGCCAAAACCGGUCACAUGGACUUUGAUUGGCCGCAACUGUUAAACGAUGAGCCGAUGGGUGCGCCCAAAGUCCACGGUUUGGACCCAAAGGACUUACGGCUCGUACUGAGUGACCCGUUUCAUGAAACUUGUGAUGGCGUGUGGGCCGACUACUUCCUA